CCCAAUACUAGACGCCUCUGGACACUCCCUCAAACAUAUUUCCACUAGGGUCAAGUCAAUCAUAACAAAGGAACCAAAACCCACCCAAAAUCUCUGCACUGCCAUCCUUCCUUGGCUUCCAUGGAGGAGCCACAAUUGCUGCAGCAGCAGGAAGAAGAACAAUCACAAUCUAUAUCUCUUCAAGAUUGCUUGAAGUUACUAAAAGGCGAGCGAGACGAGCAACGCCUCGCUGGCUUGCUUCUCGUCACCAAAUUCUGCAAAAGCGACGAUCUCGUUUCCCUUAGGGCUAUCUACGACGCCGUUGGACCUCACUUCUUGGACCGUCUCUUAAGGACUGGGUUGGGUAAAGGUGUAGUGAGCAGUGGUAGUGGUGAAAACCGGGAUGCGUAUUUGCAGCUGUCAGUGACGGUUCUGUCUGCGUUUUGUCGAGUUUCUGAGAUUGCUUCUUCGAAAGAAAUGGUUUCCAAGGUUCCAAUGAUUUUUGAAGUAAUGUCAAUGAACAGAUCAGGCAUGCCUGUGCUUGAAGAAUGCUAUGAAUUUUUAUACUUGGUGUCAACUGCUUCUGAGGAUGGACUUACAGCACUGUAUGAAUCCGGAGGGAUUAAAUUACUUGCUCAUCAAAUGUCCGCUCUGCCAGAUGGGUCUCAUUUGAUGGAACUUGCCAUGAAGCUUGUCCAAUUGAUGCUAAAGAAGCUGUCACAAGGCAUCGUUGAGAACGAUCAUCUCUCGGAGCUGUCAGUCAUUGUGACCAAAAUAGCAAGACAAUUUGCUCUCCUACAAAAUGCCUUGAAGUUUGAAGCACUUCACUUACUGUCUGCCAUCUUCUCUUCAGAAUACUCGACACUCCUUCACGAUGCUCUCCGUGUUAUUCAAAACGAAAACUGGUCAAACCAUAUGCGUGAUGGUGUUGCGACAAUUUUACAGAACCGUGUAGCACCUGCUGAAAAAUUUGAGGCCCUUAUCCUAGCUGAAUCCAUGGUAUCUAUAAAGGGUGAGGGUUGGCUGAUUGGUCAAAUAAACUUGCCUAGUGUACAGGAUCCUAUUCCAGCUGACAGGUGUCUAUUGCUUGUCUUAGAGUCAUCAAGGGUUGAAGUUGCUGUUUUGCUGAAUGAGCUAGCCUACUCGAAAUAUGAAGCUUCUAAGAGUUCUUCAUCAACAGCUGAAACAAUAAUCUCAAAGCAACAGAAAGUGACUAUUGUCUUUUCAUUGGUGGAGAAGAUAAUAAAGUUGAUAUCAAACAUUGGUGAAACUGAAGGGCACCAUCUUGAUGAAAAUACUUUCAUAAAGGCGAUCAAUGGGCUUAAUGAGACAAUUGGUGUGGUUCUAGAGUAUCUGCAAGAUGCAAAGGAACAUGGGCAAAAAGUAGGAAAUGAUCUUCUUGCUUCAGUACGCCUUGUUGGGAGCUAUCUUGCAGAAGCACCUGUUGCAUGCGAAGAUAAAAUCACGGAACUUUUGGGAUAUAUGCUUUCAGUUGAAGGUGAACAUGAAUCAAGCCCAUUUUACUCUGUAUGCUUUCUGCUUCCAAUGUUGUGUCAAAAGACUAUGAAAAUUGAAGGAUGCAAACUUUUGGCUUCUUCUGGAGGUUAUAAAGCUGUGGUGGACUGCCUCAUGAAGUUGAUUGAGCAAAACAGAAAUGGGGUCGAGAAUAAUGGUUGCAUUUUCUUGGCGUGUGAUACAAUUAUGAAUCUUUUAAAGAUGGAGCAAAUUACCUUUUCAGAAGAUGAAUCAACAUUUAUUAGUCUCUUGAAAGCAUUGGCACUUUGGACAGAGAAAACUAAUGACCCAUCUGUUGUUAUGAUGGCUUCAAGCAUUUGCACUUUGAUAUUUGACAUGACAUCCGAAAAUGCUCUCUUGAAUCAUCCUAGUUUAAGUAGCAGCUGUCUCGAUAGCUUGUCACGGCUCAUUGCAAGAAGUUUGGCUUCAUGGGGACAGGAUAUGUCUGAUGCUGCUAAAGCAGAUAUGGAUCUUCUAGAGAUUGUUACUGCAGGAUAUUCUCGAUGGGCUGAUCGGUUCCCUCAAAUACAAAAAGCAGUUGAGAGAUAAUCAAUGUAACUACUUAGUUUCCUUGAAGGUAUGGUUGAAUUGUGUGUCCAUGCACCUCUGGUGACAUGACCGGCGAGGAUGGAUUGAAUAACACAGCAAAGGAAACCUAUAACUUUAUCUUCUUACCUCAAGACAGCUUAUCGACGUGUUUGAAAAAAACACAACAAGGCCAACGGAACAUGGAGUGUAAUCAUGGGGAGUGCGUUUGAAAUCACACAUGAUUUGACUCUAAUUUCCUGUUUUACAUAUACUGGAAAUUAAGGUAGAAUUGUAACAUAUUUAACAAAUGCGUGCACGGAUGGUUGGGUCAGAUGACAGUUUGAUUUUUGUAAUUUUCAAGUUUUAGAAACCACAUUUCACCCCCUAACCUUGAAUCAUUCAGUAAUGCUAGGUAUGGUUGGUCGAAA